AUGCAUAUCUUUUUGUCGGCUGAUUGGUCACUCAAGGCCAAGGAAUAUGACAUUUUCAAAAUGGCCUAUCAUAAGGAGAAUGUGCAACCGGAAUUAUUUGAAUUCGUAAAGGCAACAGUUGUUCAAAAGUCUGAAGAUGAAGAAAUAACAGUGGAGAUGCAGGAGUCUUCUGACAGUGAAAGCGAGAUUGAACCAUCUGUAUAUGAAAAGAGAAGAGAAUUGAAUGCUUGGCGAACCGUUCUAGCUGAGAAACUGUUCAUCGAGGCCAAAAAAAAGCUUUAUGCUGAGAAAUUGAAGCAGCUGGAAAAGAGACAAGCUGAGGUUUUGAGCCAAGAAGCAGUAGAUUUUAUCAAGAAAAAGGAAGAAAUUCUUAAGGAAUAUCAUGAUAGAUUGCAGUACAUUGAAGUUAUUCGGGCGUUGCGGACUGAAUCGUUAAAGAGGCGUACUAUCGGUCAAUUAGAGUGUGCCCAGCAGAAUUUAAAUAAUAAUAAACGGAUGGCUUAUGAAAAGAUCGAGACAGAUAUUUGGACAAGGAUGCAAAAGCUAGAUGAUGACAUGAAAAAAUGCGUAAGGGAGUAUGUAAAUUUCUGUCGAGAAUUCGAACGAAGUAAGGAACGGGAACGGAGGAAACGAAAGCGUUAUCCAGUGGCCAAUGUAAUUGAGCGGUUAUUGGGUGAUGCAGUAUCCUCGCUGAUAGAUCCAUAUAAUGAAAAUGUUGACGAGGAUCUCUAUGUCUGCGAACAAGCUUUACGAGCUGUAAAUGGAGGAGAAAACUAG